AUGUGGGACGGAUUGUUCAUGCUGCUCGCUCUGAGCACCGUCAUGGCUGUUGCCUCCUUCCUCGCCGGCAUUCUCCCGCUCUCCUUUAACCUCUCCACCCGCCAAUUGCGCAUCAUCACCCUGCUCGGCACCGGUGUGCUAGUAGGCACCUCGCUGAUCGUCAUCAUACCCGAAGGCAUCGAGACCAUGUACAGCGCAGGAAGCAAAACACACUCGCAUAGUGCGCGAAGCGUCCAAACCAUCCCGUCUGUCAUGAGCCUGCAAAAAGAGAUACCUCACCCACCCAAGUUCCCGAGCUGGAAGAGGGCGGAUCAACUGGAAACAAGCUCGCUCACUGGAGGAGCAGUCAAGGCGCCGGGCGCCGUAGACAUGACUAGCGACAAAGCUGCUAUUGACAUGCAGCUGAAGAAGAUCAAGGACAGCAAGGAGAAAGAGAAGCCAGCCGAGGAUCCCCAUCCGCAGAAAGGUGGAGACGACGACUCGACAGAAGGCCACAAGGAGGGACAUACCCGCGUGCACGCACCCGAAGACGACGAGCCAGCUAAAGGACAUGCUGAAGCCAGCCAUGACGACGGACCCAGCCCACACGCAUAUAUUGGUGUUGCACUGAUACUAGGAUACAUUUUGAUGUUCCUGGUCGAGCAUCUGCCAGAAGCCAUGGCCUCCGCGAAACCAAAGUACCAGCCAAUGCAUAUCUCCUUGUCCAACCUGGCACGUGGACCGCACAACUCAUCUUCGUUGAGUCUCAACGGAAUGGGUAUCCAGAGCGCUGCAGUAACACCCCUAGCGACACCCGGUCUCCCCCCGCCACCUACGAAGAAGACGCCAGCAGCCACCAUUGGUCUGGUUGUACACGCAUGCGCCGAUGGAAUCGCACUGGGUGCUUCCUCCACAGCCGAAUCCACGUCGCUAUCGCUAGUCAUCUUCUUUGCGAUUAUGCUGCACAAAGCUCCUGCAGCGUUUGGCCUCACCUCCGUCCUUCUCAAGCAAGGGCUUUCGAAACGAAAGGCGCGGACACAUCUGGCUUUCUUCAGUUUAGCGGCCCCAGCUGGCGCGUUGGCUACUUGGGCUAUUGUACACAUGUUUGGACGCAACCACUUGGGUGGUGAUGAAGGUCUGACGUGGGCCACUGGUUGGGUGUUAUGUUUUUCCGGCGGAACUUUCUUGUAAGUCCUUCAUACUCUACCAAAACCCUCUCGUCUACUGAUCCAACAUAGGUAUGUGGCCAUGCAC